AUGUUGAGGGUUCAAUGGAAGCGAAGUUUGCAUACUUGCACCUCCCGACUAGCUGUACAGCCGGGGAAGGGGAAGGGUCAGGGCUUUUCGAAGGCACCUAGUACAUCCGGCAAGAGACCUGCUCCAAAGAGGAUUUCUCUGACGUCAUUGUACAAGAACUGGAAGGAUACGGUUCAUACAGCAAAACUGAAUGCCGGUGCUGUUUCUGUCGAUCUGCCCACCCUGACUAACCAAAAGUUGUUUGGCUCGAACGAGGAUGAUUCUUUGAUUGGGAAAGUGACGACUUUCUCCUCGGAACAGUGCAAGUACCUGCAUCAUUUAGGGUCAUUCAAGAAAAAUCAGUUUAGAGAACUGUUCCCACAACCAGUGUCACUUAUAAGAAGGGACUCCACGAAGAAAUUUAUAUCCAUUAUGAAGGGUGAUGUAGCUGAUACAGAUGGUAGUCCAAGAUCUAAGAAGUAUGUAAUCACUGGUGAAUCUGGUGUUGGCAAAACCACUCUGUUAGCACAAUUACAUGCAUACACGGUGGAUAAUAAAGGUAUCGUCAUCAACAUCCCAUACCCUGAGAUGUUUUUAAACGGCCGGAACGAUUUCUUUUGGGAUGAAAAAUCGAAAAGUUACGUUCAACCAAUGUACCUUAAGAAGCUGAUCAAAAAGAUCUUGAAGGGGAACGAUAAGGACGUGCUAUCAUCCAUAAAACUAUCGAAGGACUAUAAAUUUUUGAACACCACACUAAAGGGCACACAAACAAUUAACCUGAAAGAGGGGGGCAGCUCAAUGUAUGACCUACUGAGUGCUUCUGCAAAUCCAAACCUUCGUGGCUCACAAUUUUCUGCGAUCAUUGAGGAAUUCUAUUUGCAGAAAGGUAUACCCAUAACGUUCACUGUCGAUAACGUCUCCCGCAUCUUCACCUCCUCAUAUUCAGAAUAUAAAAAUGCUAACAACAAAAACAUCCCAACUUUAAGUUUCCAACUGACAAAAACUAUCAUGAAUCUGAUCAGUGGAGAAAUUCCAUUGAACAACCCACAAAGUUGUGUUGUAUUGGCCAUAUCAGGCGAAGACAGGACAAAUAGGACGCUACCUGUCGCACUGGGACAAGUGAAGGAAGAUCCGUACAUUAAGAAGUACUACUACGAUCCGGAUUUUGUUAAGAUCCUGCAAAAUGGGGGGGUUCAAGAGUUCAAAGUACCCAAGCUAAACUGUGAAGAGGUUCAAGAGCUAAUGAAAUUUUACCUGGAAUCGAAAAUCGUGCCCGUCAAUGACACAGAGGACAAGUCACUGAACCAACUGUCGGCAGAGAAAUACAUUUUAAGCGGUAAUGGUAAUCCUAGAGAACUGUUGAGAUCCAUAACAUUGACGAGAAGGUGA